AUGUAAAAUGAUUCAAAUCCGUAAUCAAGUAAAGAAUAAGAAAAUAGUGAGAACUAAUAAUUAGCAGAAGAAUUAUAUUAAGCUUGUUUUGUAAAUAUAUAUUUAGAUUUGCUAAUUAGUUAAAGUUUAGAGAAAAUAAAAUUGAUGAAGCUUUAAAAUUGAUAAAUGAUGCUUUGAAGCUUAAUUCUUUAGAUUCUAAGACUUUAAUAUUGAGAGGUUUCUUUUAAUCAUAAAUACUUAGGGGAAUUAUAUUUAAAAAAAAGAAUGUAUGAUCAGGCAGUUGAAGAUUUCAAUAAAGCUAUUGAAUUAGGAGCAUCAAAUGAAGCAACCUAUUAUCAUAGAGGUAAGGUGUAUUAAUUAAUUUAGCCACGGGAUUUUAUCAAAAAAAUAUGUUUAUGGAAGCUUUAAAAGAUUGUGAAAUAUGCAUUCAAAUUAAUCCUAAAUACUCUUUGGCAUACAUGAGAAUAGGUUAUGAGUAUUCACUAUAAUUAGGAUGUGUGAAGAAUGCAAUUGGAAAUAAAGAUGAUGCAUUAUAAUAUUAUAAUUAAGCGAUCGAAAUUGAUAAUAAAUGUAUUUUGGCAUAUUGUAACAGAGGUAUCAUAUCAUUUUAAUGAAUAGGAAAUUUAUAUAAAAACUAAGGAAAUAAAGAUUAGGCACUCAUAGAUUAUAAUAAGGCUAUUGAGUUGGAUACAUAAUAUGCUUUUGCAUAUAUGAGCAGAGGUUCUCAGGUUAUUUAAUUAAAUAGGAAUUUUUUUAGAUCAAAUUGGUAAGUAAGAGGAGGCACUUCUAGAUUUUAACAAGGCUAUUGAAUUAGACCCUUAUGAUGCUUGUAUAUAUAAUUAUCGAGGUUUAUUACAUUAUUAAGUUUAAUAGGACUUCUAUUUACUAAAAUUGGAAGUACUAAAUAGGCACUUAUAGACUUUAACAAGGCAAUUGAAUUAGAUCCUAAUUGUUCUGAUUUUUAUUUCGAUAGAGGUAAUUAACAUAUUAUUUUUGAUAGGAAAUCUUUAUGAAGACAUAGAUAAUGAACAAUAGGCAGUCGUAGAUUAUGAUAAAGCGAUUGAAUUAAAUCCCAAUGAUUCUAAAGCCUAUAAUAAUAGAGGUGUUAAAAUUGGUAUAAUGAAAUAGGCCUUUUAUAAUAUAAAAUCGGAAACACAGACAUUGCACUUAUAAAUUAUAACAAAUCAAUUGAAUUAGAUUCUAAUGAUGCUUAUACUUAUAAUAACAGAGGUAAUAGAGUAUUAGAAUAUAUAGGAAUGCUCUAUUAAAAUAUUGGAAAAAAUAUGGAGGCUCUUGAAGAUUAUAACAAAGCAAUUGAAUUAGACCCUAAUAUUGCUUAAAUUUACAGUUCAAGAGGUAUUUAGGUUGUAGGUUAUUAUAGGAUUAUUGCAUUUAAGCUUAGGAAAUAAAGAUUAAGCCAUAUUAGAUUAUGACAAAGCUAUUUAAUUGGAUCCUAAAGAUGCUAUAAAUUAUUUUAACAGAGGUAAUCAAGAUGUUGAACUAAAUAGGAUUGUGUUAUAGAAGUAUGAGGAAAUUUGAUUUAGCAUUAAAAGAUUAUACUAAAGCAAUUGAAUUGAACUCAAAUGAUGCUAAAGCUUAUCACAACAGAGGUAAUUUUAUUAUAAUUUAAAUAAGGAACUUUGUAUAAAGAAUAUGGCUAAUAUGAGAAGGCCUUUUAAGAUUGUAUUUAAGCAAUUAAAUUAGAAUCAGACAAUCCCCUUAUAAUGGUGAAUUUAGCAGAUCACUAUUAUUUUCGGUCAAAUUAUAAUCAAUCAAUCAAUUAUUAUACACAAGCACUUGCAUAAUUAGACUAAAUCACUCAGUAGAAGAGGAAAAAAUGGAAUUUGUCAGAGGAGAAUAUAUAAUUCAUUAAAAAAAAAGUAACUUUGUUAAAAGAAAUAUAAGAUGAAAUAAAUUUUUUAAGAUAAGAUAUUUAAAAAUUACAAACUCAAUUUGAAUAAAAAAACCAAACUUUAAAUGAUGUGAAGGAUAAAUUCACCAUAUUAGAAAGAAAACUAACAGUUUAAUUAAUGGAAUAGACAGAUUUAAAAUAGCCAUAAGAAAAACAAGAAGAGUUAGAUUCAUUAUUAUUAACUAAAGAAGAUUUGAAAUAGAUUAAAUAAUAAUUAGUUUUAUUUUAAGAAAUUGUAAAGAAAUAAAAUGAAAGAAUAAGUAAUUUAGAAGAUGAUAAUAAAUAGUUGAAAGAAUAGGAUAGCUUUCAAAUAUAAGAAUCUAUGAAAUUUCUUUAAAAAGAAGAAAAUAAAACUCAAUUUAUUUAUUACAAAGCAUUAUUUUGGAAAUUAUAUUAUUACUUGUAGGCAAUGCAGCAAAUUUCUUCAGAAUUAUAUUAAAUGAAUAGAGAUGCUAUGAUUGAAAGCACUUCUGAAAAAGUACUAGAUAUAGUACAAAAGGUUUUUAAUGUUGGAUCAAAGGUUACAGGAUUUAUACCAGUAGGUGGNUCGGAAACACAGACAUUGCACUUAUAAAUUAUAACAAAUCAAUUGAAUUAGAUUCUAAUGAUGCUUAUACUUAUAAUAACAGAGGUAAUAGAGUAUUAGAAUAUAUAGGAAUGCUCUAUUAAAAUAUUGGAAAAAAUAUGGAGGCUCUUGAAGAUUAUAACAAAGCAAUUGAAUUAGACCCUAAUAUUGCUUAAAUUUACAGUUCAAGAGGUAUUUAGGUUGUAGGUUAUUAUAGGAUUAUUGCAUUUAAGCUUAGGAAAUAAAGAUUAAGCCAUAUUAGAUUAUGACAAAGCUAUUUAAUUGGAUCCUAAAGAUGCUAUAAAUUAUUUUAACAGAGGUAAUCAAGAUGUUGAACUAAAUAGGAUUGUGUUAUAGAAGUAUGAGGAAAUUUGAUUUAGCAUUAAAAGAUUAUACUAAAGCAAUUGAAUUGAACUCAAAUGAUGCUAAAGCUUAUCACAACAGAGGUAAUUUUAUUAUAAUUUAAAUAAGGAACUUUGUAUAAAGAAUAUGGCUAAUAUGAGAAGGCCUUUUAAGAUUGUAUUUAAGCAAUUAAAUUAGAAUCAGACAAUCCCCUUAUAAUGGUGAAUUUAGCAGAUCACUAUUAUUUUCGGUCAAAUUAUAAUCAAUCAAUCAAUUAUUAUACACAAGCACUUGCAUAAUUAGACUAAAUCACUCAGUAGAAGAGGAAAAAAUGGAAUUUGUCAGAGGAGAAUAUAUAAUUCAUUAAAAAAAAAGUAACUUUGUUAAAAGAAAUAUAAGAUGAAAUAAAUUUUUUAAGAUAAGAUAUUUAAAAAUUACAAACUCAAUUUGAAUAAAAAAACCAAACUUUAAAUGAUGUGAAGGAUAAAUUCACCAUAUUAGAAAGAAAACUAACAGUUUAAUUAAUGGAAUAGACAGAUUUAAAAUAGCCAUAAGAAAAACAAGAAGAGUUAGAUUCAUUAUUAUUAACUAAAGAAGAUUUGAAAUAGAUUAAAUAAUAAUUAGUUUUAUUUUAAGAAAUUGUAAAGAAAUAAAAUGAAAGAAUAAGUAAUUUAGAAGAUGAUAAUAAAUAGUUGAAAGAAUAGGAUAGCUUUCAAAUAUAAGAAUCUAUGAAAUUUCUUUAAAAAGAAGAAAAUAAAACUCAAUUUAUUUAUUACAAAGCAUUAUUUUGGAAAUUAUAUUAUUACUUGUAGGCAAUGCAGCAAAUUUCUUCAGAAUUAUAUUAAAUGAAUAGAGAUGCUAUGAUUGAAAGCACUUCUGAAAAAGUACUAGAUAUAGUACAAAAGGUUUUUAAUGUUGGAUCAAAGGUUACAGGAUUUAUACCAGUAGGUGGAGAAGCAUUUAAUAUUAUAAAUGAUGCAAUCGAUUAUGCAAUUGAAUCAAAAAAGGAAAAUAAAUUUAAGGUUAGGCUUAAUAAAUUAACUAAUAUCUUAAAAUGCUAUAAUAUCAUUAGCCCUUCAGAAUUAGAAAUUGAAGUAAAAAUUGCAGCAAUUUAACUUGCAAAGUAGUAAUAAUAAGAAACCUAUUAAUAAAAUAAUUAGUAGUUCAAUUAAUUUUUAGGUAAGUUAAACAAAAUAGAAAAUCAAUAGGAUGAAUAAAAUGAAUAUUGGAUAAAUGGGACUAAUGAUGCAUUAAUUAUUUUAAAGUAUUUAGACGAUUAAUCAUCAUCAAUAAUAGAAAAUACUGAUAAAAAACUUAGAGAGGUAUUCGUUUAAGUUGUUGAAAUGAAUAAUAAAUAAUAAAAUUAAACUUAAUAACAACAAUAGGGAAAUAAAAUUUAAAAAGUUUAAAUUGUAUCAAAUCCUAGUUCAUUAUGUUCACGUAUAUGUUUAAUUUAAUGA